AUGCGACUACCGAUUUUGCUUCACCCUCAAGUGCGCACGGCACUUCCUGCAUGUGCCCAGCGCAGUCUUCGAAGGGCUGUCCGGGUCCGAUAUAAGUCACAAAUCCCUCGGCCGUCUCAGAAGCACCUUUCACCAUUACCCAAGUCGAAGGACACAACUCCUGCUACGCGCGCUACGGUCCCGAGAACACUCACACCGUCGAAGACGAGCAUUAGGACAGGGCCACCGGAACGAAUCCUGGUUUAUUAUGGAGGGACUGGUAGAGCUAUUUUCCUGGGCACCCUACGAAUCACCACAGUCAUCCUCUUUGGAGCAGCAUGUUUGAUUAUUGCACCAGCAUGCUCCGUGGCUGACUACCCCUGGUACAGCACACCUGCGGUGAUUGCCGCUGGUGCCCUCCCAAUGCUAUUUGUUUCCUAUACUGCGGCGCCUUAUGUGAACUUUAUUCAUUUGGCCCUGCCCGCUUUUGCCCGGAAGUCCCGUGAAGCUGCCGUCCAAUAUGCCAAAGAACUACCUCCGACAGCCGUGCUAUAUCUCACCAGCAUGCGAUUCAAUACCAUUCCUCGGCAGACUGCUGUCCGUGUGGGUGAUCUUGUUCCAGUCAAAGACACUUUGCGCCCCGUCUCGUUCCAGAACAUGAAUCCUUCGCCGCAACCAUGGUGGAAAGGGAAGGUUCCGACUCAGUUUUAUACCGGAAGCCACAGCAAACCGGGAAGACAGACUUCCGCCUUCUUCCCUGAACUAUGGAGUGGGAUUUAUGAACAGAUUCAAAAGGCUAAACCUCGGUCACACUAA